UUUUUUUGGACGUUACAGAAACGAACACAUAAGCGAUACCUUUUGUUAAGGCAGAGGGUCGAGUUUCCAGGAGACAAACCUAUAAAUCUUGAUGAUCCAUCUCCACAUUCCAAGGUUUCCAGUGAUAUUAGUAAAGGACAUAACCUGCCACCACCGCAUAAAGUGACCGUGGAAGACAACCAACAAAAUCAUCACCGACUAUCACCUGUUCGAGACCGACACGAAAAUGAUCAUACCGAGACCGACACGAAAAUGAUCGAUUUGAAUAUGAAGCCUCAAAGGGUCCAUGGGCAGGCUGCUAAUAAUCAGGAUCUAUGAUCAUGAACUACGAACCAUGGCUUUCGAUAACACAUCGACACAAUUGCAUUCAUCAAUCUUCCCCUUGGUUCCGAUACACAAAGCAGGACUUGUCACGGCUGCUCGUACUGGAAACCUACAUGUUUGGUUCGGUCGGGGGGGCGUAAAGGUUCGGUGUCGAGCUUGUUUAGAAUUGUAGAGAAGUGGUUGGAUAGAUUUGAAAGCAAGAUAUAAGAUAAAAGCAGUGCUUUUUAGUGAAAUUGCAGGUGCUGUAAUAUUACAACUUUAGAGACACAGACCCAGCACACAGCAGGUGUUGUUGGGAGGGCAACUUAAGUUGGUGUAGGUAAACCCCUUCUUUUGGUUCUGGUCGGAAAAAAAAAAAAAAAAAAAAAAA